AUCAUCCGGUGAAUGAAUUUUUGGAUCUGUUCAGUCGCCACAUGCUUCCUCAUACAAUAGAUGAGCCCCACAUUGAUGCAGAAUCAACUCAGACUGAACCCUGUACUUCAGACUCUGUGCAGGAUUCGUCUGAAUAUAUAAUACUGGAUUCUUUCUUUCCAAACUUUAUAGAAUAUGAAGAAGAGGAAGACUGUGAAAACACUACUGACGUUACAACUCCUCCAGCUUUGCAAUUCAUCAAUGGAAAACAACAAGUCACUAGUGCUCUUAAGAGCACAAAAGCUGAGGAAGCGAGAAGUGACCAAAUUGAAAGCGUUGCACAUUCCAAAAAAGUAACCUUUUCUCAAGUCAAUGAAACAAACACAUUUAUAAUACCUGAAACUGAAUCUUCUGGUACUAUGCAACCAAGCAAAGCUGGAGAAGUAAUAGGGGCAUUUGAAGUGACACAACCGACAGCAGAUGUUGCAAUGUUAGAACCUGUUUAUAGUGGUGAGUCAGAAGUUGCCACAACAAAUAAACCAAUAGCCAUUACUUCUUCAUAUGAGCAGUCCCUGCAAAGAAAUAGAGAGGCUGCAACAGGUCAUGGAACUGAGAACUCUACUAAAGCUACAAAAAGCUUGCUUUUAAUUACUGGUGAAUCUUCUGGAGAUGGCUCCACUGAAUCUGAUUUAUCCAGUUCUAUCUUCUCAGAAAUUGUGACAAUGUCAGGAAGGGAAGAAGAUGAAAAAUAUUCUGGUGUAACUUCUGCUCCUGAUGCACUUACUGUGGAAAGUUCUACUGUAACUGCUUCUCUGGGUGCAGCUUUUAAUACUACUACGGUAGGCAUAGGUGUGAAAAACCUUAUUCCAGAACAGGCAACACCUGCUCCAGCAGAUCAUUACAAAUCAACUAUUAAACCUAAUGGAAAUUCCCCUGUAGAAAAUCUUCUGGAAACAAGUAGUCGUACAGCAAAGCCUGAGAUGAGUGCUGCUUCUAUUCUGGUUCUAGAAGGCUCUGGAGAUGUAGAAAAGGACAUCGCUAUAACUUCAGUCAUGACAACGAGAACAGCAGCAACAGAAACACUUAGAAUGCAAGAUAUUUCCUUAGGCUCUGGCACACUUCUGCCAACAGAAACUUCUGUAACCACUUCAGGAAUCAACUCUGCUUUGUCCAGAGGAAUAAGCACACUUUAUUCUACUUUUGAUCAAAAUUCUGAAGUAACUGUUGCCACCAAUUCUGUGUCUGAGUUUAUUACAGAAAAAAUAGUUCCCAGCUCUCUUGUAACUGAAAAGAAUAUUGGAGAUGAAAAAGAAGUACAGACCACUGUUUCAUUAAGUUGGGAAAAUUCAGCUACUGCUGCAGAGGGAAAUUUGGAGUUGAAUGAAUUUGGGAGUACUACUAGUGAAAUCAGAACUGUUAGCCAAGAGCCCAACCUGCUCAGAAAAAUGGUACCUGUAAUAGGUACCAUAAAUUCUGAAAUCAAAAAAGUCACCACUGUUCCUCUCCUUAUCUCCUUCAGAGAUAAGAAGCUUUUUAUAAAUGAAGGAUCAACAGAAGAACCAGCAGACAUAUUUUCAGGGGGUCUCACAAGAAAAGUGGUAAGUACUGACUCCCCAUUUACUGAUCCAGGUUCUGGAGACUUGGAUGUUAUCAUUGAGUCUGCUACUAUGGCUUCAAUUCCAUUAAGGCCUGUCACUGAAACACAAGCAGAAAAGCAUGAAGGAAAAGUUUACAGCAUAGAUGAUACUUCACUGAAGAGUGCAACAACAGAAUAUGACAAACGUGCAGGAACAGAUGAAUCGACAAUAUCAGUUUCAAGUACUGGGUCAAAUGGCUUGACAAAGGAGUCUGUAGCAGCAAGUCAGAUGUCCCAGGAUGUGUUUAGUACAGGAAACCCAGGAGAACAAAGCCAGGAAACAGAACCAAUUUACACAGCUUCUUUUGAAGUAAAAUCUAGUCCUGGUUCUAGAAAAGAGCUAACAUCUCAUGUUGCACCAGGGGUUAAAACUGAAGAUUUAGAAGCAAGUGAUGUCACAUCAUCUCCAGAAUCAGUGGCUAGUAACAGCCCUCAUGACAUCAUGGUGACAUAUGACACUGGCAGUAUAAAAGCAGAAGCUGAAUCUACAGAAAGCAAAAAUGCACAAGUUAGUUCUUCAACUGUCUCCUUAGGCAAGAUUCUCCUGAUUAAGCAUGGCUCUGGAGAAAAAUUCAAAGGUGAUGGCAGCACCACAAAACUAAUGUCUAAUGGACCUACUGAAGAAAUACUUGGAAGUCAUUUCCUAUUUAUUGAUCAGGGAUCUGGGGAAGCAGACACAUUCAUUGAAUCAUUUGCUGAAGCAGCAGUUUCACCUACUGGGAGACCAGGAACAGGAGAGAAGUAUGACAAAAACAUUGCCAGCACACCAUCUAUGGAUCAUACCCUCAGUACCAAACCUGAUGAGCUAGUCACAAGUACUGAACAUGAAGUAACCACAAUGGGAACUGUACCUGACAUAAGAAUGGAAGAGAAAACAAUUGAUGAACUGAUAAUGAGAGCUUUUCCUACAAAGAUUCCUUUGAUGGAAGAUAUUCAUUCUGGGGAAGACAGGCUAAGGGAUAUUUCACCGAAAGCUAUAGAAUCCUCUGAAGAAACAAUAACAGACCGAUCCUUUAAAAGUACACAGGCUAACCAUGAACAUUUGGGAUUUUUAAAUGUUCCUAAUGUCAGUCCAUAUUCAGAAGGAAAGGAAUUAGAAACUGAAUCAGUUAAAAAAAUACUCUUGCCAUUUAGUGAUGACAGAGUAACUGAGCCUGUAAAGAUUGAAAGGAAAUACAAAAGCUCUCCAGUUACAGAUAUAGAGCAAGGGGAGGAGUUGGUACAAAAUAUUUUGCCUACAAAAAAUUAUCCUGGAUCAUUCCUGAUAUCCAAAGAACAAAAGGUAACAAAUAAUAAGCUCAUCAGUGAUCCACUGUUUUCAGGACAAGGAUCAGGAGACGACCUUACUGUUAUUCCUUCUGUAGUGCCAGUGACUGUCAAAGAAAUAAUGAGUACUUCCAGUCCUCAAACUUCUUAUCCUACAAAUAUGGGACCCAAGAUUUCAACUGACAAGACACAAGAGUUUGAGAGAGGAAGCACUGAAUCAAAUGCUGAAGUUGAUGAAGAAGUUACAAGUGCUGUAACUGAGCUGCUAUUGGAAACUGAAGACCAGUUCCCCAGCUCAACAAUCACCAGUUCCCCAGCUUUAGCAGAAGAGAGCUCCAAGAGCUUCAGCUCUACAGAGAUUAAAGAGAUGAUGCAUUUUUUUGUUGCCACUGAAGAACCUUACAAAAAGGAAACUAACUAUAAAAGAGCAGGAAAUGAAACAGAUACAACAGCUACUUCUGAAGCUGUUUCUCAAGAGGAAACUUCACAUUUGCUGAUUAAAGAUGACAUAACUCCGGUUUCUGUAAUACUGAGUGGAACUCCUAAACUUGAAACAGAUGAAUUGCUUGUAACAUCAACAGCAAUACCAGGCAGAAUAUUACCUGAAAGCUCUGGAGAAGGAUCUGGCUGGGUUGGUGUUUUGGAUUCAUCUUCUCCCGAUAUGUUUACUCAUUUUUCAACACCCCAUGUGUCAAAAGUAGAACUAAAUUCUUCAUCUACUAUUCCUGGGGAAAUUUAUUCUGAAGUUAUGACAACAGAGGCACCAGUAGAUGAAUCACAGAGUGUAAUCACAGGACUUACAUCACUUUUUACGAAAGAAAAAGAGAUCAUGGAAAAUCCAUCUGCUGUUCAACUAAAGACAGCUACAUCAGAAGAACUAACAAGUGAUACUGGGGUAUAUGAGAAAAUUAUUCCCAUGAUUGAUGAUAGAAGAAGUGUUAUGUUGAAUGUUUCUGUUUAUGGUGAUAUUACACUAAUUGAAGAACGACUUCAAAUCCCAUCAGAAGAAACAACUAUUAUAGACAUGGAUCACUCAAAAUCAAUGCCUGAAGACAUAAUAAGUGUGCAGACAGUGCCAAAUCCUGUCAUACAAUCAACAUAUGGCAGUGAUGAUAACAUGACAGCUGAAGGGGAGAAAUAUGACUCAACACUUAGAUUUUCCAUAACCAAGGAGAAGACACUUGGAUCUGGUGAUAGUCUUUCUUUGACUACUUCCAGUCAGCCAAGCAAUGAAUCAGUAACAGCUGGGCACAGACCAAAACCAGAUGACAAGGAUCUGGGUUCAGGGAAUGCCAUGAAGUUUACAACAGAAACUCUCAUCACUACCAAACCCUCUGAAAUGGGCAUUUUCCUUCCUACCAUACCAUCACUGGCAAGCCCUCAUGUGCAUCAUGAGUCCAAUAAACACACUCUAACAAGCACAACGGAAGAUAUCUGUGAGCUGAAUACUUCAGCAAACAACCGAGUAAUAGCAGAUCAAAGUGAAACAAUCUCUGUCUCUGGCUUUUCUGGAAUGGGGCCAGAAGAACUAGAUGAUAAGCCUGUGGUUCCUUCUCUUACACCACUUUUCACUAGUGAGACAGAAAAGGCUUUGACAACUGACAUGCUUGAUGUAAGUUUUGUUACCACACAGCGUACAUCCCAACUGACAACUGUAUCAUCUAGCAAGAAUGAAGAAAAACAUCCUACAGUAUACACAAACACAAAAUCAGCAUCAGCACAGCAUGAAGAAUCAGAUUCAGUGAGCUUUUAUCCUGCACCACAAAGUCAUAAAUCCCCAGUAACUGUUCAGUUAGUAAAUGGAGUAUCUGAGUAUCCUGAGGUAAUCAUUCCAAGUACAUCAUCGUCAAAGGAUUCAGGUCAGUCUGACCAUUCAUCAGAAGGAACCUUCAAAGAGGUUAGUUCUGAUAUUGCAGCAACAUAUAAACCAUCCACUACAGAUCUUCUCAACAGAACAGAGUCUUCUCUGCUGGAGUUUUCUCCCAAGCCUAUUUUGGAAAGCACAACUACUGAAAGUACUCCUCACUUUAACAGACUUGUAACAGACAGGACAGAGGAGAGAGAAACCUCUGUAACUGAUUCAGCAGCUGAGGAAGAAGCUAGUGUUUCUGGAGAUUCUCUGUCAAUACAUGCCUUGCCUACCACUUUUCUGAAUUUUGGAGAAAGAGCAAGUACAGAUGUUCCAAAAGCUAGCACAAUAAAAGUUGAAGCUUCCUCAGGGAGAGUUAACAACCCCCAUCAAGAAGAUUACAGGAGUACUGAGAGAGAGAUCCCAUGGGUUUUUUCCACAGCUGUUUCAGUUUCACCUAAUAGUAUUGAAAGUGAAGUAUUCAGACCUGUCCAGGAAGCAGUUACAAUGCUAUCGUCAUCUUCACAGCCUUUGGAGAGAAGCACAGAAACACAGUCACCUUUGUUUGGUCGAGAGGAGAUUGCGACAAUUUCUUCUAACAUUGCAACACACGCCACUGCCCCUGGAAGCAGUCCGUAUCAAAAUGAGCAGUCAACGAUAAGCUCUGAGGAGCCAAAUACUAUUGAACUUGUAACUACAUCAUUUUUUCUUCCGGAAGUCACUAAUGGAUCAGAUUUCCUGGUUGACACCAGUGUGGGUUCAGUUGAAGGCACAGCUGUGCAAAUUCCAGGCCAGGAUCCAUGCAAAAGCAAUCCCUGCCUUAAUGGUGGUACCUGCUAUCCCCAUGGUUCAUUUUACAUCUGUACAUGUUUGCCUGGUUUCAACGGUGAGCAGUGUGAAUUAGAUAUCGAUGAAUGCCAGUCUAACCCAUGCCGGAAUGGAGCCACGUGUAUAGAUGGCCUCAAUACCUUUACUUGCUUGUGUCUGCCAAGCUAUAUAGGUGCUCUCUGUGAACAAGACACGGAGACCUGUGAUUAUGGCUGGCACAAGUUCCAAGGACAGUGCUACAAAUACUUCGCCCAUCGGCGUACAUGGGACACGGCUGAAAGGGAGUGCCGUCUCCAGGGAGCACACUUGACAAGCAUCCUGUCUCAUGAGGAGCAGAUCUUUGUGAACCGUAUUGGCCAUGACUACCAAUGGAUUGGCCUCAAUGACAAGAUGUUUGAGCGUGAUUUCCGCUGGACUGAUGGUAGUCCGCUGCAAUAUGAGAACUGGCGACCAAACCAGCCAGACAGCUUCUUUUCAGCUGGAGAAGACUGUGUUGUUAUAAUAUGGCAUGAGAAUGGGCAGUGGAAUGAUGUGCCAUGCAAUUAUCACCUUACCUAUACCUGCAAGAAAGGAACAGUUGCUUGUGGUCAGCCUCCUGUUGUGGAAAAUGCAAAGACCUUUGGAAAGAUGAAACCUCGUUAUGAGAUCAACUCCCUUAUCAGAUAUCACUGCAAAGAUGGUUUCAUCCAGCGUCACAUUCCAACCAUCCGGUGUCAAGGGAAUGGAAGAUGGGAUAUGCCUAAAAUUACUUGCAUGAAUCCAUCCACAUACCAAAGGACUUACUCUAAGAAAUACUACUAUAAACAUUCUUCAUCAGGAAAGGGAACAUCAUUAAAUUCAUCAAAACACUAUCAUCGCUGGAUCAGAACGUGGCAAGACUCAAGGCGCUGAGAGCUAAAUGCUUCACCAUUCAUGAGAAAGGACUGCAUGGAGGAGUUGUGCAUGACAAGGAGGGCCUGUAAAAAUCCAAGUGCUAAUACAUUAACUUUAUCAACCAAGGCCACUUUUUUAAAAAGAAAAAGAAGAAUUUAAAAUUUAAAAAUCACCUUCACGACAUUAACCACAACGUCUACAUUACAGGUCUCUGCAUUCUGAAAUGGAGAUAGACCUGAUGUUUGGGGGAAUUUUUUUUAAAAACAAACAAAAAUCAAAAAAGUAAAUAAUUUUGUAUAUAUAACCAUUUUUUAAUCUUUUUAUAAAGUAAUGAAUGUUUGUGUAUGAAUGCUGCAGCUGU